AUGGCCGCUGCGACACCGCCGCCCCUGCCUGGCCCAGAAGAAUAUGCCUACGAUGCGGAUCCGGUCUUGAUCCAGACGCCGACGUCGGGCGAUGGUGUCGAGGGUGGCGGGCCCUGGACGUGGACGCCCAUGUGGCACCGGCCGUGCACGUUUGGACCCAGCGAGUUCGACGCCGUGAUGCAGAACUUGGUGCGCAACCCGAAUGUGCUGUCGUCGUGGCUGUUCCGUGCGGACAUUCUGGCCGAGACCACCGAGGCGGCUGCGGCGGCGGAGGGGGCCGUGACGCCGUUUCCUUGUUUUGCGUCGCUUGUGCGCGCCGACGACCGGACGAUUGUGCGGCGGCUGAUUCCGCGCAACACGAUGCGCGACAAGCCGAUGCUGCAGACGUGCCUCUUUUACAGGGGCGAGGAGGGCAACGACGACCAUGAGCAUGACGACGAACAUGAGGACGAGGACGACGACGCUGAGGAACGCUCCCUGGUGGUCUACCUCCCGCACGUCUCCGACCCGGCCCACGUGCCCUUUUACCACCCCAAAGUCCAGGGCGUCGGGUUCCUGCACGCGUGGCGGCCGCGGGACGGACGCGGGACCGUGUCCCUGCACUUUUCCUUGUUUCCAGAGACGCUGGCCACGCCGCCCGACGAUGCGGCAAGCAAACUGAGCCGGCCCAUCCUGGCCCGCGUCGCGCUCAGCCUCGUCAACACCGUGUGCAAGCACGGCGAGGGCAAGCGCGCGGGCUACGUGAAGCGCGUGCACCACGACCAGCUGGUGCCGCAAGCGCGGGUGCAGGACCGGUACACGCGCCUCAAAGAAAAGCACGCGCGGCGGCUGGUGGCGACGUGGCAGGAGACGACGGACCCGGCCAAGCACGUGUUUGAGGACCUGUCGAUUGCGGCAUUCCUGAUGGAGCUGUGGCGGGACAUGUACGGGGUCGAGGGCGAGGAGGGUGUGCCCGCACAAUUCCCCGGCUUUGUGGACGUGGGCUGCGGCAACGGCUUGCUGGUGCACAUUCUCAAUGAAGAGGGCUACCGGGGCUGGGGGUUCGAUGCGCGCAAGCGGCGGUCAUGGCAGCAAUACGAGCACUAUGAGAAUGGAGACGGGGCGGGCCCGGCGGGCGCGGCAGUGUCGCUACGAGAGAGCCUGCUUCUGCCGUCAUUUCUGACAGACAAAGGCAACGACAAGAACGAGACCGAGACCGACACCGGGCGCACAUCGAGCACCCACGACGGCACAUUCCCACCUGGCACGUUCCUCAUUGCCAACCACGCGGACGAGUUGACGGUCUGGACGCCACUGCUGGCGGCCUUGUCCGGCUGCGCGUUCCUUGCCAUCCCCUGCUGCAGCCACAACUUUACAGGCGCGCGGUUUCGGGCGCCCCCACCGUCGUCGGCCGCCAGACAGGCGACAGCAUCCGUGUCGGUCACGCUGGCCUCGUCGUCGACGUACGCGUCGUUUGUCGAGUGGGUGGCGGGCGUGGCCGAGGACUGCGGGUGGGUGGUGGAGUUUGAGAUGCUGCGGAUCCCAAGCACGCGGAACGUGGGCCUGGUAGGGAGGCGACGAAACGUUGAUGCUGUCUUCACAGUGGAACACGCCUGGGACGUCAUUGCCAGCCACGGCGGCGCACACGGAUUUGCCGACAACGUGGCCAAGCUGGCGGCGGCCGACGGCAAGAAGAACACGCAUUGA